CUGGGGCUCGCUCGCGGUUUCUGACACCUCGAGCGGCUCCUCCAGUACGAGAGGGCCAGGUACCCCAACCCCGAAAUCUAUCAGGUCUCUCGCCUCUCGCCACCACGCUAUCAUCUCUCUCAGUUAAAACAUCAAACACUCGCGCUUCUUCUCUUCGCUCUUUCUCUGUGCUGAGACCCGAAACCGGGAGCGAGAGGGAGAAAGCGAAAGAAAUGGAUUUCUCCGAGCAAGACGUAGACGUCUUUGGGGAGGAUUUCGAGCAGGAGGUGGAGGAGGAGGAAGAGGAGCGAGGACGCGGGGAGGCGGAUGAGGAGGAGGAGGACGGCAGCCGCGAUUCCUCUGCCUCCUCUUCGGCCUCAUCCUCCUCCAGCAGCGGCAGUGGCAGCGGGAGGAGCCGGGGCAGCAGCAGUAGGAGCAGCAGCGAUGGGGAGGAGGACGACACGGUCGCGACCACGAUCGGGGCCGGGGCGGUGGAAGAAGAGGAGAGGGAUCUCUUUGGUUCCGACAACGAGGAGUACAUGCGAACGCCGGCUCGUAGCCCGUUUCCAGUUCCCGUGUUACCACCUCUUCAAAGUACUAACAACCAUGGUAGAGGUAAUUUUGGACGUGGUAGAUGGCAGUCUGGAUACCCCAAUGAUAGAGGUCCACCUCUGCUUCCACGACCAGGAUAUAUGCAAAGGCAAAACUUUGGCUAUGGUAGGUUUUCACAUGCAAAUGGGCGUAAUGAUGAACGCUUUGUCUCUGAAAUGAAGCUUACAAAGAGUGAAGAGACUUUGUCGAGGAAAGCCAUUGCAAUUCAAGAGCCUUGUGAGAUUGCAUGCUAUAGCCGGGUUGAAGGUGGAGAUGUCUAUUUUGAUGACCGCAGCUUGAGACUUUUCAAACGCUCUAUUUGUCAGGAUGUUGGAGCACAUCUGAAUCAAGGGUUUGAAUCAUUUGUUGAAAAAAGAGACUUGGGCUCUGAAGGUUUUGGUGAUCUUCUUGCUUGCAUAAGAAACAAAAAUAUACCUCUUCAAAAUAUACAUUUUGUGACUUUCCGUAACAAUCUCAACAAGAUACUGACUACGGCUUAUAUAAGAAAUGAGCCAUGGAAAAUGGGUGUGCACAAAAGAAAUGGUGUUGUUUAUCUUGAUGUGCAUAAGCUUCCUGAAAGACCACAAAGUGAAGUAGACCGUCGAAGAUGUUAUUGGGGCUAUGCUUUUGAGAACCUUGCAACUGAGAACUCCAGAGAAAUUGAUGCAGAUGGCAAAGGCAUUGAUGCAAAUGUAGAAUUCUGUUCUGUAAUUAAAACCAAAUUAGGUGCACAUCGUAUUAUUAUGGGUGCGGAGAUGGACUGCUGUGAUUCAACUGAUGAUGGAAGGAGAUUCUAUGUGGAGUUAAAAACAAGCCGGGAGUUGGAUUAUCGUACAGAAGAAAGAUACGAACGGGAGAAGCUACUGAAAUUCUGGGAGUAUCUAUAGAGGUGAGGGCAACACUUCAAUUUUAGACAGCACUAGUACAUUUUUCGGCACCUAAAACUUGCAAGGAAUCUCAUGGAACGAAAGGAUAUAUAAUGUGAAAGACUUCAUUGAUCCUACAGGAUAAUAGAGGAUAGAUCCGUUGGAGUGCAUUGUUGAGUUGAUAUAUGUGUGUGUAUAUGGUAGAGAUGAAGGAUAUAUAAUGUGGAGAGUAAUAGAGCAUAGACUUGUUGUAUAUUUUUCACUGAUUAUGCUAUUUGUGAAGCUGGUUAUUUUGCAAAUUUCGGAGUGCAUUGAUGAGUUGAUAUGUGUGGAUGUAUGUUUUACACACUUGAAUCUGCUUAUGCUAUUUAUGAUGCUGGUCUUUUUGCACAUUUUGGAGCACAUUGAUGAGUUCAUUUGUGUGUGUGAGAACUUAUGAUAAUUGUGAAACUGGUCUUUUUGCUCAUUUUGGAGUGCACUGACAAGUUGAGCUGCGCAUGCGUGCGCUCUAUUUGUGAAGCUGGACAUUGUGCACAUUUUGAAGCACAUUGAUGAGCUGAUAUGUGUUUGUGCAUUUGGAGCACCUGAGAUCUGCUUAUAUUAAGCUGCUGGACAAAACUCAAGAUAGACCAAUGCAUUAUCGAUAUUUGAUGGUUUUGAAAGUUACUUGCUAGUUGCUACCGAUCAAGUCAGACAGUUCUUACAGAAGCUGCUAAUAAAUCAACUUAUAACUGAUGUCAAUGAUGCAGUUGGAUAACAAAGUCAGAUCUGCUUCCAGUCCUCCUUUAUGAUAGACAUGGAUGUAAACGCGACUAAAUUACUAGAAUAUGAGAG